UAUUACUAUUUUUGUCCGUCCAUAAAUUUUUUUUAUGUGUUUUCCUUUUUUAAAAAAACUCUUUUAUACUUUAAACUUUAUUCACACUCAAUAUUUACAAAAUACUCACCUUUUACUUUUAUAUUUUGGUGGGCUCAACACUAUCAUUUAACAUUAAAAUCAAAUCUUUCAACUUUUUUAUUAAAAUUUGUGUCCUCCACAAUACACUCUUUGUGGAAGGAGGGAGUAUCUCCGGUAACCCUAUCUAAUCCCAUCUGUUGUCCUCCUCCGGAGCUGCCCCAUGUACCCAUCUUCCUCCGCUUCCGAUGAUAGCAGACCAGCGACUAACAGCAGCAACAACCCUCGUUGAUGUCGUCCAUCCAGCAACAACAGCAUCCCGCGUCGAUGCCGUCCAUCCUUCCCUACUCUACUGCUACAGCUUGCCGCAACGCCACCUGCCCUGCAUCCCCUCCGCCCGUCUGCCGCCAGCAGACAACAGACCUUCUUGCUCCACUGCCACACCCUAUCUCUGUCGGUUUGGUCAGUUACCGAUCAAAAUAGAUCGACUUCAGUCGAUCGGUUUUGGUCGAUUUUAUAUGCUUUGAUUGGUCGGUUCAAUUCGUAUUUUACACCUAUCAGUUCAAUUUUGAUUUGAGUAUAUUGGGUCUGUUCAAUUUUGAACUGAGCAUAGCGGUAGAUAAGGGUAAUAUUUUUGGGUGUACCCGCAAUUUACGGGUCGAAUACCUGUAAUUUGCGGGUAGGGAACCCGCUCAGCCCCGAAUUUACACCCCCACUUCCCAAGCCAAUCCAGCAGUUUAAUCAUGCCCAUCAACAACUAACAGACACACGUGGCAAUUAAUAAUCGCGGUAGCACGGAAAAUCUAUGCAUCGACGGGUUAAACCUAAGUACUCCAAUGGCAGUGUGAGGAGUUGGAGCAGUGUUAGGACACCAAUUUUUUCAACAAAAUUUCCGAACUGGCAAUGGCUACGCGCAUGAGAUCGGGGCUUCGUCUUCUCCGCCGUGCCCUCUUCGUCGAAUCUUCCUCCACCGCCUCGGAGAGAUCCGUCGGCUCCACAGCUGUCCUCUCCUCCGGUUCCACCCUCAGUGAGUUCACGAGGAACUAUGCUUCUGUACCUGCUUCUAAACCGCAGAAAGUGAAGGUUCCAGUGACAAUGUUUGGAGUUUCUGGGAACUACGCAUCAGCCUUGUACAUUGCAGCAGUUAAAGCAAAUGUUCUGGACAAAGUUGAAUCUGAGCUUCUCACCCUUGUUGAAGCUUCAAAAGCAAGCCCUACGUUUGCACAAUUCAUGAAGGAUGCUUCAGUAACUUCAGACACCAGAGUGAAGGCAAUAAAUGAUAUCUGUGGUCAAGCUAAAUUUUCAGAUAUCACAAAGAACUUCAUGGCUGUUGUUGCUGAAGCUGGGAGGCUGGGACAUUUGGGACGGAUGGUGCAAAGAUUCUCAGAGCUUACCAUGGCUCACAGAGGGGAAGUAAAAGUUACUGUGACAACUGUGAUUCCUUUGCCUCAGGAAGAGGAGAAUGAAUUGAUAGAGACAUUGCAGGAGAUACUUGGACAAGGGACGAAGGUUAUAGUUGACCAGAAGAUCGAUACCAGCAUUCUUGGUGGUCUUGUGGUAGAAUUUGAUCAGAAAGUUUUUGACAUGUCCAUAAGGACUAGGGCGCGCCAGAUGGAGCGCUUCCUGCGCCAACCGACUAACCUAGACGCCCUAUAAACGGUUAAUCAGUACAGUUUCAGAUGGCUUGCCCUAAAAUUUUGGGGAGAUAAACGCAACUCUGAUUUUGAAUGUGACGAGAGAUGCCUUACUGCCAUUCUUACUAAUCUCCUGCGAAUAAAUGACACUCCUGUUUCAGGGUUGCUUCAGUCAUAUGAUAAACACUGUAAUGUUUAAACUGCCUCGUUAUAAAUUUUUUAAUUCAUCAAUUGUACACUGAAACCUGCAUUUUUAGAAUGAAUGGAGGAAUAUUUUGUUUUCAGCUUUAAUAUAUUUCGCAUAAGUAAUUGCAGGAAUA